AAUUCAGAACGCGUGCACGACUAGCAGGUGAUAAAUGUUGAUACAUAUUUAUUGCAUUUAAAAGUAAAAUAUAUAUAAGAAUAUGGAAAAUAAAUAAAAAAGAAAAUUAAAAAGAAACUGAUCCAGAACUAUCGCUUAUAUUGUGACAAAUAUAAAGAGAACGGAAGAAAUUAAAAAACCGUGGAAUUUAAAAAUAUUUCGAAAACUUUAUAAACGCGAAGAUUUUUGAAGAUCAUUUUUAAAUACAUAGCCAUAAGAGAAGAAACAAGUUUAAAAAUGAAAAUAAAUAUAUUCGCGCGCGGCACAAGUCCUUCGACUAAUUUAAAAAUUCUUUCAGUUGGUUUUUUGGGGAUAAUUUUGAUGCUGCUUGCCACAACGAUUUUCAUCAUUGAUCCUGUCAGAACGAUUGUGAAGUCUCAAAUGAGCUUUCGAAAAGGUUCUACUUUAUUUAAAGUUUGGCAGAAGCCGCCUCUUGACAUUUUCAUUACCGUUUACAUGUUUAAUGUUACGAACUAUGACAGAUUUUCCCGCGGUGUUGACCAUAAAAUGAAGUUGGAGGAAGUGGGUCCGUACGUUUACCAGGAAUUUCUGGAAAAUCAUAAUGCAACCUUUCAUGCCAACAACACGGUAACGUUUGUACCAAAGCGCACGGUCAAGUUUGUUAGAGAGCGAUCAGUGGGUGACCCUAAGGUCGAUAAAAUCAUUGCUCCGAAUUUACCUUAUUUGGGUGCCACAUCACUAGCUUCUUCCUUUUCAAUGAUAACUGCCAUGGCUUUAAGGGCUUUAACAAGGCAACUGCAAUCGAAAACAAUGUUGGAUAUAACAGUGCACGACUAUUUAUGGGGGUAUGAAGACCGCCUAGUGUAUUUGGCUUCGAAACUUAUACCGCAAAUUAUUAAUUUUGAGAAAUUCGGUUUAUUGGAACGCAUGUUUAAUGAAGGCCAUAAUGUGGUUAACAUGCACUUACCUGGCAGCAAAGUAUCAAAGGACCAACAACCGAAGUAUUAUAGGGAGUUCUCCAUUAAUACUUGGAAUAAUGAGAAAAGUAUACAUUACUGGACCAACAGCAGAAAACAAAACUUAACCAACUGCAAUAGGGUAUAUGGCACCUUUGACGGUUCCUUGUUUCCUCAUGACAUAGAGAAGGGUGAAAUUUUUCGCAUCUACCGCAAAACAUUCUGCCGUACACUACCUAUCGUUUUUACCCAUCCUAGCACCAUUAAUGGAAUUGAAGCUUAUAACUUUAAAUUGCACGAAAAAUCUUUUGACAGUGAUCUUAGUGACCGGGAUUCCUCAUGUUUUUGCAAAAAUCGAAAAUGCCUAAAAAGAGGUCUGGGCAAUAUAACUCCUUGUUACUACAACAUACCUUUGGCCAUCUCGUUUCCGCACUUCUUUAAUGCUGAUCCUUCACUAUUGAAGCCAUUCGAAGGUUUGGAUCCAAACGAAAGGAAGCAUGGAACUGAAAUUGCUCUUCAACCGCAACUUGGCAUUCCCAUGAGUGUUAAAUCGCGUUUCCAGGUCAACUUAGCCAUGUCCGACGUAUCCUUUAACGGAGAAGUUCAACGUUUUCGAAACAUGGUCCUACCGAUAUUCUGGCUACAAAUCGGUCUUGACGACCUUACACCGUAUUUGAAAACACUGCUUAUUUUAUCGUUUAAAGUCGGACCCAUUGCGCAAGACUUUUUAAUGAUUACAUUAAUUGCUGCCGGUUUAUCAUCAAUUGCCUGCGCCAUAUGGAAAAGUCUCCCCGAAUCAUUAACCAAAUAUGCAACGAUAAAAACUAUAAAGUUCCCUCUAGAUAGGAGAGUGUCAGUGAAAAGGCCGGAUACAUCUAUUCAACCACUUUUGCAAGAUGAGAAAACGAUAGAGCUGCAAAACUGGAUCGAUGAGGACGAAAAAGGUUCAGUGUUCACAUUUACGCCCGUGGAAGACUCGGGCGAAACAUUUUAGAAGAGUUACGAUAGAUUUGAGAGCUAAUCAUGCGUACAGUUACACAUGCGACUUUUAUUAAGACUGUGAUAAUACUCGAUAAGAUCU